GGCCACUGGUACUGGUAAACUGCUAAGUGCUAACGUCGGGUUUAGUCAAUUUUAACCAUAGCAAACACGGUAAAUUGAAGACCGAUUGGAUCAAUUUUCCCACACACUUGAGAGUCAAAGCUGUUAACUUUCCCCUUUGAAAUCCUUUCUGAGUUCUGCGCCAACUGAAUCAAGCAGAUCGAACUCCGCCAUAGUCUUCAUCGAGACAGAGAUCGGAAUCUGAUUCCCAAACGGCAACAGUAUGAGCGUCAUCGACAUUCUAACCCGAGUCGAUUCCAUUUGCAAGAAGUACGACAAAUACGACGUCGAAAAGCACCGCGAUGCCAAUGUCUCCGGCGACGAUGCCUUUGCCAGACUAUACGCCUCCGUCGACGCCGACAUCGUGGCCUUGCUUCAGAAAGCAGAAAGUGCUUCUAAGGAGAAAGGUAAGGCAUCUGCUGUUGCGAUCAACGCGGAGAUUCGUCGUACUAAGGCUCGGUUGCUGGAGGAGGUUCCCAAGUUGCAGAGAUUGGCUGUGAAAAAGGUAAAAGGGCUUUCGUCACAAGAGUUUGCUGCCCGUAAUGAUUUGGUUCUUGCAUUGCCAGAUAGAAUCCAAGCAAUCCCAGAUGGGGCUCCUCCUGUGCCAAAACAAACUGGAGGCUGGGCAGCUUCUGCCUCCCGUCCUGAAAUUAAGUUUGAUUCAGAUGGGCGAUUUGAUGAUGAAUACUUCCAACAAAGUGAACAAUCAAGUCAAUUUAGGCAGGAAUAUGAAAUGCGUAGAAUGAAACAGGACCAAGGAUUGGAUGUGAUUGCUGAAGGAUUGGAUACAUUGAAAAAUAUGGCACAUGAUAUGAAUGAGGAACUGGAUAGACAAGUUCCACUUAUGGAUGAGAUUGACACUAAGGUGGACAAGGCAUCCUCUGACCUUAAGAAUACAAAUGUUAGACUUAAAGACACUGUGAACCAGCUUCGAUCCAGUCGAAACUUCUGUAUUGAUAUUGUUUUGUUGAUUAUAAUUUUGGGAAUUGCUGCCUACUUAUACAACGUACUAAAGAAAUGAUAUGUACAAAGGCUGAUGGAUGUUCGAAUGGUUUGCCUUUACUUGUAUUUUGAGAAUAUCGUCUGAUUUUAUUUUUUUUAUCUCUACCGUUGUGAAAAUUUCCUGCGAAUUGAGAGGCGUGCCCUUGUGCUUUAUAAGCAUUCCUGUGUAUGCAGUCAUGUCAGAUACCAUUAGUAUGUUAAAUAGUUGCUGUGUAUUUUAUACACUUGUUGUUUUGGUGUAUAUUAUAAUGAGUUUAAUGUCAAUGUCGUGACAGUCUAUACAUGUUGGGUUGUGAUUAGAUGAUUUUGUAAAACUUUUUGCACUGGGUUGUGAUUAGAUGAUUCUGUAAAACUUUUUACACUAUUAAUGCAUGCAUAACCCUUUUUCUCUUGUA